AUGUCGGAGUCACAAGUUUUGAGGAAGGACCAGUUGGAAACCAGCCUGUUCAACGAGCGAAAGUUGAUCGGUGCAGGAGAGCUCAAGGAAGACAACCCGUUGGACCUAAGUGAACCAUUUCGAGAGCUCUGCGAAGCAUGCCGGAGAGGCGAUCUUAAGGCAUGUCAGGAGAAGAUAACUGAGGGAGUGAAUAUUAACGGUAGAGAUUUAUUUGACUGCACUCCCUUGAUACUUGUGAGUGAAGCUCCUCCCUUCAUCCUUCCAGCCUGUCGGAGGUCCUCGACAAGUGGCAGCGCUAGUCUUUGUGGCCACUACGAAGUUGUACAACUUCUCCUUGAUUCUGGUGCUUUAUGCGAACGAGACACUUUCCAAGGCGAAAGAUGCCUCUACAACGCAUUAAACUCGAAGAUACGAAACCUGCUGCUUGAAUAUGAUUAUUCAAAGUCAACGGAUCCUCUCCAACCUUUCGCAUCUCAUAUAACGUUGUUGCUAAACAGAGACCAUCCUCAAACGUCGGAUAUCGCAGUCACAGCAGGAGAUGAGACUUUUCACCUCCACAAGUUCAUAUUGUCAGCACGAUCACCAUAUUUCCAUAAGAAACUUUCCACCGCUCCAGAAGCGACUUCAUGGAAAUUGCCAAGUACAAUACCACCUCCAGCAUUUAGCGCAGGGAUCAGAUACUUGUAUCUGGGCGAUGCUCCACGAGAUUUGAGAUCUGGGCCAGGUGCCGGUCUCUAUUCAGAGGCAGAAGUAUUUGAAGGAAUAGACAGAAUCGCCAACCACCUAGAACUUCGUGGCCUAGUUGAUACUAUACUGGACAGUGGUGAUAGGAGAUUAACUAGGCAAAGGAGAUCAGACGAAGUUAGCAAGGGUCGAAAUCAGAUGGAAGCAUGGUUUCGGGAAAAUAUCAUCAAACACAAAGUGGUGAUUGAUACGGAUAGAGCAAAUGAGGUUAAAUGGUCGCGGGAUAACAGUAUCUUCGCUGAUGUUCUCCUUCGAGCCGACGAAGAUGAUAGCGAAAGUGAAGAGUCGCAAGAGAACAAAGAGUGCGAAAAUGGAAGACUUGAGGACGCCGGUAGUGGUAUACCCAUUGGAGGCUUCUCACGGCUAUCCCUGGAUACCUCCAUUAAGAAACCAAAAAGGAAAUCGGUUCUUUUUCCAGCCCAUCGAGCGAUGCUCCUACGCUCUGAGUUUUUCUCGCUCAUGUUUUCUUCCAGCUUUCGUGAGGCUCAAGUUACAGACUAUUUGCAAAUAAUACCAAUCGACUGUUCACCAGACGUGUUGGAGAUAGUUCUCACUUUCUUAUAUACAGAAAAAGCAGACUUCCCUCUUGAAGUCGCAGUUGAUGUUCUGUUCGCUGCGGAUCUGCUACUGAUCGAACGGCUAAAAACAAAGGCAGCCGUCCUCAUUAGCACAUUGGGAAGCGGAAAUAUCACAUCUUUGGGUUCAAAGCCAUCAGCGGAUACAAAACAGUCAUCUUCAACGAAAGAAGGGAAAGAAGCAGAAGGAAGCGACGAAAUAAUCGAUGCCUAUGAAAUCCUCCGUGCAGCUUGGCUGAUGCGCAUCCAACGACUUGAGGAGUUCGCCGCCCGAUACUUUGCUUACAGGUUAGAAGCGCAUAUCGACAACCCUGAGUUCGCACAGCUAGUGAAGGAGUCAGCCGAGCGUAUCCAAAAACGACAAGAAACGGAUUCUAUCGAGUUAGUAGAUGACAUCCGCUACUAUCUCUCUGAACGAUUCAGGCUACGUUUUGAGGAUUCUGGUAUAGACAUCUUGAACUCCGAGGACAAUCCAAACGAAGGCGAUCCGGCUGAAAACACCAACACUCCUUCAAACUCUUACCCCGAAACAAAUGGUAACGGAAAUAUCAUAUCGCCUACCCCUUUGUCGCCUCCACCUUCGUCGUUUAACAGAGAGCCUAGUGAUGCCGACUCUACUAGGGAACAGCAAGGGGACUCAAACAAAGUCGUCGAUGCGGGGCCUCCAAGGCCCCAGGCAAAUGGAAAGAGUGAGCAAAUUGAUGCAAGCGGCGUCAUUCGGACUUUAGAUGGCCGGGAAGCUGGAGAUGAAUUUUCUAGAGACGCUAUUGAUUAUGAGCUUCUCCUGAACAAAUUGGACCAGCUACUUGAAAGACUAGGCUUGGAUGCCUAA